GUUUUCAGAUCAGUUGUUCUUUUUUCCAAGAAAAAGUGUAAUUAUGCCACCAAAAAGAAAUGUUGGGAAGGCUGCCCAGACUUUACAGAUUGGGCUUGGUGAAGGUAGUCUAGCACACUCAGAAGGAGAGAAUGAACCAGUCAUUCCACCACCAUUGUCACCAAUACUUGGGGAGCAUUCUUUUGUCAAUCUAACCUUCAACAAGGAUAGUGAAUCUGGAGAUGAUGUUGCUCAAUCUGGUGACUUCCUUAUGAAUGCUGUGUUAGAACAAAUUAGCAUAAUGAGGCGCACACAGUUGGAAUUUGAGGAAAUAGCUCAACAAAGAAGCCAAGAGGUCGCUAGGCAGUUGGAUGAGUCUUUUCAGAAUUUGGCUCAGAAUUUGACCCAAAGUGUAGCUCAAAGUGUAGCCAACAUGCCACGCUCCAAUGAAGAAAGUGCUAGAAUCUGGCAAGAGCAAAAUGCAGAAAAUUGGAGAGCUUUUCAAGAUGAAACAGAACGAAUGCAGGAGGCAUUUCGACGUGCCAGAAUUGAACCUCAACCACAAGUAGCAGAUCUUCAAAGGCCUCUAGUCAAACCAGCUUACAGAAAACCAUAUCUAGAUUUCAUAGACCAAGAGAAUCCUUUUCCAAGGAGGUUCAAGGUUCCAAAAUUCACUCUAUUUUCUAGAGAUGGUGGAUAUUCUACAAUUGAACACAUAAGCUGCUUCACAAUUCAGUGUGGCGAGGCCUUCGGUGAUGAUAAUCUAAAGCUCAGACUUUUUCCCAGCUCUUUAACUAGUAUAGCUCUCACUUGGUAUUUGAGUCUGCCACAGAAUUCAGUUUAUACUUGGAAGCAGAUGGAGGAUCUUUUCCAUAUCCAGUUUUACCGUAGUGAGCCAGAAGUGUCCAUGGCAAAUUUAUCUCGUCUGGUGCAGCGACUUGGAGAAACAUCUAAGGCCUUCAUUUCUAGAUUUUGGAAGGCCAGACUUAAGUGCAGAGUUGCCUUGCCAGAACAGGAAUUUGUCAAGCUGGCACAAAAUGGUCUGGACAUUGAGUUAAGGAAAAAGUUUGAGGGAAUGAAGUUUCGUGAUUUCUUUGAGUUGUCUUACAAUGUGGCUUAUUAUGAAAAUUUAUUGCGAGAUGACACACAAAGGAAAUUUGCAUCUUAUGGAACUUAUUAUGAUAAAGCCAAAGAAACUAUGGGAGUUGAUGCAGAUCCAUUCCCUAGCAUGUCUGUUGGGGUGAAUGCAGCAGAUCUCAGGAGCAUUGCUAGAGACAGAGCUCAGCCAUACUCUAGGCGCAGACUUGCAACUGAUGAUUUGAGGUGGGUCAUUGAGGAGGCAAGGGCUCGCAGAAAUCAGUGUGUUCCUUCAACCUUGCACCAUAAAUCUAUAUUUUGGAACGGUGGCAGAACUAAGGUUGUGACAACAGCUGACAAGCCUUUUGUGGCAAAUACUAAUAUUGUGGAAGCUCGUUUUUAUGAUGAAGAUAUUGGGACUAUCCAUUUCUUUGGGAUGGAUUGUUAUGGCAAACCUUCUGGAAUUAUUGCCUGCACCAGAUCUGCAUUAGACAGACAGACUGUGAAGGAGGUUUAUGAUGAACUUCUUUGCCCUAUAGCAAUUAUUCCUUUUAGGCUGAGGAAGGAGCCUAAAAUUGAAGAGAUUCCAUGAAGAAGGAUCACAUGAAGCACCAGAAAAAGGAGGCUAUGGAAGAAAUCAAAAGAAAAUUAGUGG